UCCCCCUUGCGCUUCACUCAGAGCUCAGGGACACACAGCGCCACCCGGAAGGUACGAAGACGCUCAGUGAAGAACCGAGAAUGAACCGCUUCAAGACGUCCAAAUUUAAGAACACCACCCCGAAGAUCCCGAGGAAGGAUGAGUGGAUCUCUAAUGUGCGAGGAAGCUCAAUCAGCUCUCAGGGGAACCACAUUAAAUCUAGCUGCAGCCUCCUGGCCUUCAACACCGACCAGGCCGGUGGUGGGAUGGUGGGGCUUUGCUCAGUUGAACCCGGACCUGAUGGCAAAUGGACAGUAACGCAAAUUCCCUGUCAUGCAGACCAGGUGACUGAUCUGGAUUUCUCCCCAUUUGAUGACAAUCUCUUGGCCACCUGCUCGGCUGAUGAGACGGUAAAGGUAUGGCGUGUGUUUGAGCCUGGUCAGGAGCAGCCUGUAAGUGCUAAUGCAUCUUUAAGCCCUGGUGAAGGAAGGCUGGAGCUGGUGCUUUUUCAUCCUGCUGCUGCAGGCUUGCUGGCGGUCGGCUCAAGCAGGGGCGUCCAGGUCUGGGAUACCAGCAGAGACAAAGCCCUGGCAGUUCUGGAGCAGCAUAUGGAGCAGUUGCACAGUCUGGCCUGGAAAGAGGACGGCUCCCUUUUGGCCUCCACCUGCAAGGACAAAAAACUGCGCAUUUUUGAUCCGAGAGCACAGCUGACAGCGGUCCAGUGCGCUCAGGUUCUUUAUAGCAACAAGGAUUCGCGUUUACUGUGGGUGAAAGAUGACUACAUCAUCACUACUGGGUUCAAUCAGAAUCGGCAGCAGGAGGUGCGGCUGUGGGAUUACAGGAAGUUGAACUCCUCUCUAAGCUCUAUGUCUUUAGCCACCUCAAAUGGGACCCUAAUGCCACUGUAUGAUCCUGAUUCCGGUCUGUUCGUAGUGUCAGCAAAGGGAGACAGUGUUAUUGACUGCUUUGAGGUGACCACAGGAGAGCCAUGCCUAUCACAAGUUAGCCAUUGUCUGAGUGAUGCAAGCACACGUGGAAUUGCAGUGGUGCCCAAACUAGCACUGGAUGUAGGCCAUUGUGAAGUGAUGCGAGUGAUGCAGCUGACCGACAAUUUCAUCAUUCCAAUUAGCUACCAGGUGCCUCGUAAGGCAGGGCAGGACUUUCAUGCUGACCUAUAUCCAGAUACAUCAGGCUGCACAGCAGCUAUGACAGCAAACGAAUGGUGGCAGGGAAUGAACAAGCAAGUAGAAAAGGUCUGCCUCCACCCUAACAAGAGGCCAAAAGGGAAAGCUCAGCCAGCCAAUCAUGUCACAGCAAAUGAGCUACCUCAGGGAAAAAGCAAAGAGGUGCCCUCCACCUCCAGUAGUGGUCUCAGUACCCCCAGUGACAGUAUGGUUCCAUCUCGCUCCCCCUCUUCCACUAGCGGUCUGUCCUCUGGAUUCCUUCCCAGCCCCAGCCAAAGCUCCCGUGCCAUCCAGAGCAUGCUGGGCCCAAGCUCCAAGUUCCGUCACAUUCAAGGCACUCUUCUGCAUCGUGACACCCACAUUACCAACCUGCGUGGCAUGAGUCUGACUACACCUGGCGAGUGCGAUGGCUUCGCUGCCAAUGGGCAGCGGGUGGCAGUGCCUCUGGCCAUUGCAGGAGGACAGAUUGCUGUGCUUGAGCUCUCUCAGCCUGGGAAGCUGCCAGACACAGCAUUGCCCACGAUCCAGAACUCAGUCAGUGUAGCUGACUUCUGCUGGGAUCCUUUUAACCCUCACAAGCUGGUGGUUGCCGGUGAUGAUGCAAAGAUCCGUGUGUGGAAGAUUCCAGAAGGUGGCCUGGUGGAAACACUGACUGAACCUGAGUGUGUUCUGCAGGGACACACUGAGAAAAUCUACUCCAUCAAGUUCCACCCACAUGCCUCAGGUCUGUUGGUGUCCUCAUCAUAUGACAUGACUGUGCGUCUGUGGGACCUGGAAAAUAAAAGAGAAGUCAAGAAACUCAGUGGACACCAAGAUCAGAUAUUUGGAAUGGCUUGGAGUCCCAGUGGCAAGUUUCUGGCUACUGUUUGUAAAGAUGGAAAAGUGCGUUUGUUUGACCCACGCAAGUCCACUGAGCCCAUCCAGGAGGGCCCUGGACCUGAAGGUCACAGAGGUGGCCGUGUAGUCUGGGUGUGCAACGGCCAGUACCUGCUGGUGUCAGGGUUUGAUUGUCGCAGUGAGCGAAACCUUUACCUAUUUUCUGCUGAGUCUUUGGCAUCUGGACCUGUGGCUACUACACCUGCUGAUGUCUCACCCUCAACCCUCAUUCCUUUCUAUGAUCCUGACACCAGUCUUCUCAUUCUCACAGGGAAGGGUGACACACGUGUAUACAUCUAUGAGAUCGUAACAAAUGCCCCUUACUUUAUGGAGUGCAGCAGCUUCCACUCCUCUGAGCCACACAAGGGCUUGUGCUUCCUGCCAAAGACAGUAUGUGAUGUACAUGAUGUAGAGGUGGCCAGAGCUGUCAGACUUGGCAAGACCUCCAUUGAGCCAGUGGCCUUCAAAGUGCCUCGAGUCAGAAAAGAGUUCUUUCAAGAUGAUGUGUUCCCUGAGACAGCAGUGUGGUGGGAAUCAGCUCUGAGUGCUGCUGCAUGGCUCUCUGGUUCUGACAAAGAGCACCGCAAGAUCAGCCUGAAACCUAAAGACAUGACCCCUGUCUGCGAGGCUCCCAAGGAAGCACCAGUGAGGAAAUACCUCCCCUCUUCUGUGUACCUCGAAGAGAAGACAGAUGAACAGAAAAAGGAGGAGCUUUUGAGUGCUAUGGUAGCUAAAUUGGGGAACAGAGAAGAUCCACUGCCACAGGAAUUAUUUGAGGGGGUGGCAGAAGAUGAAUGGGAUGACUAUUGAGAAACCUUGCUGGCCAUCAAAAGAAAAUUAAAGAAACAUCUUGUCCUGCUUGAUAUUUAGGUCAUUCCUGAGUGCUGGACUAAAGGCCACACUGUAAUACAUACAAUUAUUCAUCACAAAAUACAACAAACAUCUUUUGCAUCAGUCAGUCAGAGAUAAAGGUACAGAUUCUACAGUUGGUUGUACAGGCAUUCCUGUGGUUAGCAAAUAAGUGUUCAGGUACUUGCAGACUUACUAAUAAGUCAGACUGAGUGAUUGUUUACUGAGCCUCUCAGCAUUGCAUGCGAUAUUAUCUGUUGAUCAGAAUUCAUUUUUAUACGGUUAUAUAUGUCUGACACUGUAACAAUGUUCCAGAAGCUUCUCAACCCCAAGAACACAGAAUUUCUAAAAUGCAUGUUUCUUAGUACUACUUUUCUAAAAUGCAUGUAUCAUGUUGGGAAAAAACAUUAUUGAAACUGCCAUUACAUGAAACAUUUUUUGCAGUCUUCAUAUAUAAUAUAUAACAGGCAAAUUGUGUUUGUAUUUAAAAAAAAAUAUUCCUAAUUAAAAAGUGUUCCAUGAGUUUGUUCACCUUUGCCAGCAGGUGUAUUAGUAAUGUGAACUGGCAAAAUAAAAUUCCCAGUCAGGUAUGUAUCACAUACAACAAUAAUAUUCUGAUUAGGUGACAGAAGACAUCUGCAUGUUCCAGAACAGUUGAGCGUUUGUGCUAAUACACAUACAUUCAAAUAAUAAUAUUUGUUUAAUAAUUCAGCAUUCUCUAAAAAUCAUAAAAAAUAUACUACUUUAUACAAAUUGAUUAUUCUUACUUUUUCUCUUACUGGGGGGUGGGGGUGUCAAGCAUCUGAAUAUAUACAUAUAUACACCACAUACUAAAAAAAGAGUACCUUUUGUAAUAAUUCAUGAAUAAAAACAUUUGAAAAAUAAGUUCCUACAUUAAAAGACUUUUACUGUUUA